UCGCGCCAUGGAAAUUUCCUAUACGGAGAGAGGAAACCGACAUGGCGGCGCCCUUGCAAGCUUUGCAGAGGUUUCUCCGGCUUUCGGGGACCCCAACCCCCACAUUGUCUCGUUCUGCAUUCACAGCAAGGAAGGAUGAUUCAAGAAAUCCUGACUGGCUGAAAGUUGGUGUAACUGUUGGUUCCACAAUAGCUAUAUGGGUUCUGCUCUUAAAACAACAUAAUGAUGAUAUUAGAGAAUAUGAAAGGAGAAAAGCAGAGAGAGAGUGUUCGUAGUUGUCUUAAGAUGGUGAGUUGAAGGUGUGCUCCUAAGAAUCUACGGCAGUUAAUGCAUACUGCACAAGGCGAUUAUUAAUUUAAGAUACGCAUUAGUUAUUGGAUUUACUUCUAAUUCAUAUUAUCUUCCUGAUAUACAACUGUGACAAAAAGGGAAAGUGGCUGAAAUAGUCAUUUUAUUUGAUCAUUUCCGAAGCUUACAAAUAAAACAUGUUACUCUUGA